UCUGGUUUGGUAGCGUUGCGGGAUUUUUGGGAGAGAGGAGGAAAAAUGGCGUCGGGAUGGGGAAUCACAGGGAACAAAGGGAGAUGCUACGAUUUCUGGAUGGAUUUCAGUGAAUGUAUGUCUCAUUGCAGAGAGCCCAAAGAUUGUACUCUUCUGCGUGAAGAUUACCUCGAGUGUCUCCACCAUUCCAAAGAGUUUCAAAGAAGGAACAGGAUAUACAAAGAGGAGCAGCGUAAACUAAGGGCAGCUUCCAGGAAAGGUGAAGAAGCCGCUGAUGGGGCUCAUACCAAUCACUAGUCAACAACAGUCCUCCUCCAAAUUUUCAUUUUCAUUCUAUUCCGGAGAAGAAUAAAAAAAGGUUCAUGGGAAGACUUUGUAUCUUGUUCAAAACCCUUUUAUUGUUUUUCAGUUUGCAGCUUAUCCAACAAUGCUGAUAAAAAAAAAAAAAAAAAAGGGUUCAUGGAAGAUUUUGUAUCUUGUUCCAAACAGAAUCUCUAAAUGCUUUGAUUGUUUUUCAGUUUUCAACUUAUCCAAUAAUCUGUUUUCUUUUCA